AUGCAUUCAUUUUGUCCCAGUUUGCACACCGCCACAACUUUGGAUAACGAAGUCAAGAGUGCUUUGGUUACCGAUAUGUUCAAUAUUGCUGGAUUUCGUCUCCCACCGGAAUAUCGAUCGAACAAUACGCAGCUCAUGCCUUGUCACUCAGACACCCCGACAUCGUCGACCAACACCAGCGAAAUCGUAUGCGAUUCGAUCACACCACAUGGAUCAAAAGGUACAUUUCCUGACGGUCGAACUGUCCCACCGUCUGUUCGUGAAAAUGGUCUACGCGGUUUACACUAUUCCGGUGCCCCGUAUAGUUCCAUGGGACGUAAAAGUCAUAUUCCCAUAUUAAAUGGGGGUAAAUCCAGUGUACGCACGAUAAGGAAUACGGCAGUGCGAUCACGAGUUAUCCUAUCCCGUAAUUCCGUAACAAAUCCAAAUAAACCGAUCGUGUCUAUGCGAAAUGUCUUCACUCGGUUUCUGCCUGUUUCUGAUCCGCGGUUGUGGGAUGUGGCGCUCACGUGGGAUGAACGACAGAAACACACGUACCAUUCACGGCUGUUCUGUCGAGAAGAAUCAGUAAGUAGUUCUAUCCGAUUUGAUGAAAACAAUUUCGAUGGAUCCGUUACCUAUCAUCUUUUCAAACUGUGCAAUCUAUAUAUACCCAUUGUUUUGAAAUACUGUUUUGAAAUAAAUGCAGGCUGA